UGCGAUUGAACUCUCGAUUGAACUCUCAACUUUAACCAACACCCAUCAUCAUGUCGGGAACAAUUCUACAUCUCCGCUCCGAAUUGGGCAAGGCUCUCGAACACCGCUCCGCCCUCACACCGACAACUACUAAAGUUCUCAUCGACGCUGGAUAUACUGUCAAUGUUGAACGCAGUUCGGAACGCAUAUUCGAUGAUAGCGAAUUCGAGAGAGCUGGAGCUACAUUGGUGCCAGAAAAUACAUGGCGUGAUGCACCCACUGAUCACAUCAUUAUUGGGUUGAAGGAGCUUCCUGUUGAAGAAUUCCCCCUCAAGCACGUACACAUCCAAUUCGCGCAUUGCUACAAGAACCAAGGAGGCUGGGAAAAGGUCCUGUCUCGAUUCCCACGCGGUGGUGGAACCCUCCUCGAUCUCGAAUUCCUCGUCGAUGAUAGAGCUCGCCGAGUAGCUGCCUUCGGAUAUCAUGCUGGCUUUGCAGGUGCAGCUUUGGCUCUGGAGACAUGGGCGUGGCAACUCACACAUCCUGUUUCAGAACCCUUCCCAGCAGUCUCGAGCUACCCCAACGAAGAUGCAUUGAUUGUGGACGUCAAGAAGGCCAUUGCGCUUGGAAAGGAGAAGAGCGGCAAGGAUCCUCGAGUCCUGGUCAUUGGUGCUCUAGGGCGAUGUGGGAGCGGUGCCGUUGACCUCUGCUUAAGAGCUGGCGUCCCGACCGAGAACGUCUUGAAGUGGGAUCUUGCAGAAACGGCCAAGGGAGGACCAUUCCCUGAGAUUGUCGAAAGCGACAUCUUCAUCAACUGCAUAUACUUGAUGUCCAAGAUUCCCAACUUUGUGGACUUCAAGAGCUUGGAUACGCCCGACCGCAAGCUGUCAGUCGUCUGCGACGUCAGUGCCGAUACUACCAACCCGAACAACCCUAUUCCUAUCUACACAGUUGCUACGACAUUCAAUGAACCAACGGUGCCAGUGGAGCAAGUUGAGAGAGAGCCGAAAUUGAGCGUUAUCAGCAUCGACCACUUGCCCAGCUUGUUGCCGAGGGAGGCAAGUGAGGCUUUCAGCAAGGACUUGCUGCCUAGUUUGUUGCAGUUGAAGGACUGGAGGAAUGUUCCGGUAUGGGCAAGAGCUGAAAAACUAUUCCAGGAAAAGGUUGCGACGUUACCCAAGAGUGAGCUGUGAAGUGGGAGGCUGCAGGAACUAGACAUACUGCUCAAGCAAAAAUUUCGUUCUAAUUUUUCAGACAUCAAUUGGAAGUGAUUCCUGUUUACAAAUUGAAUUCCUGACGACGCACUUUUG